AUGAUCUUGGAGAUAGAAGAGAAGAAGGAUGGCACCACAGAAAAGGAACCAAUGGUGUCCACUUUCAAGAUCAAAGAGGUAAAAGAUCCUAUGAGAAAGUAUCUGGCUUGGCUUCUCUGUGAAAGAAUGCUGCAAGAGCCUAAAAAGCCACAACACACUCAAGUGCCAGACAAGUUGGCUGAACAGGAUGAGAGAUGCCCUAAGAUUAGUAUCAAAGAAGUCUCUGACAAAGAAAACAAUAUCUUCUUCCUCUGGAGCUAUGCAGAGCCUCCCAAAGCCAAACCAGUAGUCCUGCCAGCCAAAAAAAGAGCACUCAGCUCUGACUCUAAAGAUACACUUCAGUCUAUUCAUGAUGCAAAGACUCUGAAGAAAAAAAUAGCAAAACUCUGGGUCUAA